CGCGAAGCCUGGUUGCACAGAGUCCAAGCUUUGAAGCUGGAUAAAUGUUGGAAGAAAUGUGCCUCAGAGUUGGACUUCCCAAACUUGAACCUUUGCUGCUGCCCGGGCGUGCAGGGCCCGGCCGCCGCCAUGUCGGGCCCGUUCGAGCUCUCGGUGCAGGAUCUCAACGACCUGCUGUCGGAUGGCAGCGGCUGCUACAGCCUACCGAGCCAGCCUUGCAACGAGGUCACCCCCAGGAUCUACGUGGGCAACGCGUCUGUGGCUCAAGACAUCCCCAAGCUGCAGAAACUAGGUAUCACGCACGUGCUGAAUGCCGCGGAGGGCAGGUCCUUCAUGCAUGUCAACACCAAUGCCAACUUCUACAAGGACUCCGGCAUCACCUACCUGGGCAUCAAGGCCAACGACACGCAGGAGUUCAAUCUCAGCGCCUACUUUGAAAGGGCUGCAGACUUCAUCGACCAGGCCUUGGCUCAAAAGAAUGGCCGGGUCCUCGUCCACUGCCGGGAAGGUUACAGCCGCUCCCCAACCCUAGUUAUCGCCUACCUCAUGAUGCGUCAGAAGAUGGACGUCAAGUCUGCCCUGAGCAUCGUGAGGCAGAAUCGUGAGAUUGGCCCCAACGAUGGUUUCCUGGCCCAGCUGUGCCAGCUCAAUGACAAACUAGUCAAGGAGGGGAAGUUGAAACUCUAGGGCACCCCCUCGGCCUCUUCUCUAGAGGCAGGCCGGGGAGGCCCUGGUCGAGGUGUCCGCAGCCGCCAUGUUUAGGAAACACAGUGUACCCUGCUCCCAGCAUCACCAGGCACUUGCCCACAAGUCUGUCCCAACACAGCCCUGGGCCACUUUCCCCCUGGGGAGCACAUAAACAAGCUUGCUAAAGAAGGCAUUGUCGCUCCCUGGUGUGUCCUGUGCCUGUAGUUUAUGAUGUCCUCUCCCUGAGGUGGGGGCGCAGAGGGGGAAGGUCUGUGACAUGCAUGCUUCUCCUGGAUGACCCAAGGCAGGAGGUCUGUGGCAGUGAAAGGCUCGAGAUGCCCCCAGGGGCCCUUCCUGACCUCUGUUGCCCCCUGCCUCCCUCCCCGGCUCCCUACCAUGCACCCUGGGUCCUCUCCUGAGUGGGGACCUCAGCACCUCGAGCCCUGUAAGGGAACUAUGCAAACACAGGCCCCCCUCUCCCCACCCUGCCUGCCUCCUCCCCGCUCAUCCCAGCUGUUCAUAGGCAGAGGCUCGCAUUUUGAGGGCUGAAGCUGGCCCCCCGGCCAGCAGUUGUUAGUGGGUGGAAAUUCCCAUGAAGAGACUGCAUUUUAAGUAUUUCAGUAGGAUUAAAGAUACCCAAACAAAGAGGCCGUCAGGUGGGCAGACAUUCCUCCGGAGGACUCCAGUCAGUCCACAGUAUCUAGAAUGCGAGAAUCUUUGGAAGGCUUGCAUUCAGAAUCCGCUGCUUUGGAAUAUUUCUCUCGGACCGCUGCUCUCAGUCACUUGGAUUGUUAGAAGAGUGAUGCCUUGGGCAUGGUUUUAUUUUAUAUUAUUAUUAUUAGUUUUUGAGAAAACAGGGUGUUGAAGUUCCAGCCUAUUUAAAACCCCCACCAUUUGAAGAAUUACAAAGGUUUUGUCCUGAAUUAUAGUGUGGGCGAGCUCGAGCCGCUCAUGCCAACUGCUUUUUGUCUCUGUUGCUAUUCCAAGGACAGAAGGAGGAAGUUGGCCAAUUAGAGGGUGCGUGUGUGGGUGUGGAGGGGGAGUGUGUGUCUCAGAAACACAGCCAGAGGAUGGAGGAGCAGGCUUUCACCCCGCCCACUUCUAGGUGGGUCUUAGGGCUCUGUGGUGCCAAGAACAAUCCCGGAGCCCUUGGAGCAAAAGUGACUCAGCCGGGCCAAAAUGAAACACAGCGGAGCCUCCAACUGGAGACUUUACUGGUGGUAGAGCAAACAAACAAACCAGAGCCACCUUUUUUUAAGGACUAAUUUAAGGAUGACGUUAGUCAUCCAUAAGGAUGAUGGUCCCUCAUGUGCACACAUGUGUCAGAAUAUAGGAGUUUUGUUUUGAAAACAGUCGUGUUAGGAUUUUGAGUGAUUGUUGCCAUGGAAAGGGAUGCAUUCCUGUCGUCUUCAGGUUCCCCAACAGCAGAGAGGUGGUCCUCAGCCAUAC